CACACGAAAAACACACAAAAAAACACAAAGCAGAGCAUAAAUGCAGAGAUUUUCUCAGAAACACAAAAACACAUACAUCUACUGGAAAUAGAAUUUCUCAAAGCACUUGUUUUUUUUCUUUUUUCCAGCCCAUAGUUUUCCGAGAAAUUAAUUGUCCCCACAAAAGCUCUCUUCUCUCUCACGUCUACUUCUCUAGUUCCACAUCAUCAUCAUCAACGCCAUCCCUUCUCUGUUUGAUUCCUCAGAAAACUGAAAAAGAAAACCCAAAAGAAAAAGAGACUUCCUGUCUUUCUUCCCCACUCACUCAGUUUCAGCUCCUUAAAACAGGAACCCAGCUCAGCUCAUUCUAGCAACAAACCAAAGCUUUCUCCUUUCACCUCAUUUUCUUUACUUCGUUUUCCUUUUGGUUUCUCCGCAGGCAAACUUUGACUGGAAACAGUUGUUAAUUUGUCGCGUGUUUUUUGGUCGUUUUGUCUUUGGGGUUGUUUGGUGACUUGGGUUAUGAGCAAAUGGGGGACUCAGCUAAAGUGAGGUUGGUUCGGUGCCCAAAAUGUGAGAAUCUUCUCCCCGAGCUUGCUGAUUACUCUGUUUAUCAGUGUGGUGGUUGUGGUGCUGUUCUAAGAGCAAACAAGAAAAGGCAAGAGGGGGAUACUUUGUCCAUGAAGUCGGAUGAAGAAAGGGUUGGAGGAGUUUCUGCUAAAUCAGAUGAUUCAGAUGAUAAAGGAAUAGUUGUUUUGACUGAUGCCUCUGAUACUGAUGUUAAGUCAAGUGAUGGCUCUUUGAGGUUUGAUCUCGGGGAUUUAGAGAAGCAAGAUGUUAAAACUGCUGAAAUCUGUAGGAAGCAAGCCAAAGAGACGACUGAUAACGGAGCUGUCGAGGAUGGCGUAGGUAUGAGCGUGGAAAGAGAUGAAUUGAGCAAUGCAUUGGGAAGAGAGCAUGGAGAUUUGAAUGCGGAAUUGAGUUCCAUGAGUGAAAGCCGAAGAUCAGGAUGGAUGGCAGAUUGGCAAACUUGGGAGAAUGGUGAAAGGGAGCGGUAUCGAAGACAUCCAAGAAUUGAUGUUGAAGGUAUGAGGUCUUCAACUUCAAAUUAUCCAGAUGAGGGUACAUCAAAUUACCAUUUGGGUUCUUCUCAUAGGGGUGGGGAACCAUUGAGGAAUACUAAUGACCCAAAUGGGGCAAACAGAGUUCUGUACCUCGAACAAGACCGAGCUGAGCUUCUAAAGAAGCUGGAUGAGCUGAGGGAUCAACUUAGCCGGUCUUGUGAUUUGGUUGAUAAGCCGAAAGAGAAAGCUCCCCUUGAAGCGGGGAUGGUUCCUCCAGAUCCUUAUGGUAGUUCUGACGCUUCAUACCCAGGAGCUUCUUCAGGGGCAAAUAGGGCUUCAAUGCAGUACUUUGGACCUGGUAAACAUGUCACAGGACACUCUCAUUUCAAUCACUUUCCUGAGGCAUUUCCCUACACCAAUGGGCGUGAAAUGCCUAUGCCUAGCUUUUGUCCUUCCAUGCAUAAUUCGAACCAUUUUCCUGGAUAUGGGGAUCCUUUUGGAUCCCAAAUGCUCAGUGGACCUCCUCAUCCCUUUCCCAGGCAAUACCAGCAACCAUCUCAUCCAUACUUUUCUGGACAGUAUGCUGAAAACAAUCCUGAUCCAUAUGAGCUUUACCCACAUAAUGCAACAUUUCACCAUCCUACUUGCCCUUGUUUCUAUUGCUAUGACAAACACAGAAGAGCUUCAGUGCCAGUUCCAUCCACUGCUUUUCACAAUAAAAGGUUCCCUGAUUUCCCUAGCAAUCCCAUGUUGGCCCAGCCUGAAAAUCCUGGGAUGAUUGGUCCAUAUGAUCACAACAAACCUAGGACUGCAAUUCCUCCACCCUUUCAUGUGUCACAAGCCCAUACAAGAUGGCCAAGUGACCAACCCCAUACAAGAUGGCCAAGUGACCUUAACUCCCACAUGGACAGUUUUGCUCAUUCCCGUCCAGAGAGGGUGGUGCUAGCCAGUGGUGGCCGCCGAUGUCUUCCAUUUUCUGGUGGUGCUCCAUUUGUAACAUGCAAUAAUUGCUUUGAACUUCUGCAGCUGCCCAAGAGAGUACUUAUUGGGGAAAAGAAUCAACAGAAAAUGCGAUGUGGGGCUUGUUCUACAGUAAUUGAUUUUUCUGUUUCCAAUAAGAAACUUGUCCUUUCCCAUCAUGCAGAAGCACAGCAGAAUCCAUCAGAGGUUAAUAAUAGCUUGAAUGAGGUGGUCAAAGAUAGUACUUCACUUUCCCAUGGACGUGUCACCGGGGUCUAUGCUCAUUUCUCUUCUGAUGAUUAUGAUAAUUCUGGUUAUGAUUUUCAUUCAAUAGAUAGAGAACCUGUUUUACCGUCCACAGCCCCAAGUUCAACAAGAAGCAAGCCUCAUGAGAUGCAAAGCUUUCAUUCUUCAUCUCCAAGUACCUCUGAGGAUGACUGCAAUCCGGAAGCUCCAAUUGCUCCAAAAGAAUUCACAAAUUCUAUUCAGCAGCCAACCAAAGCCACUUUUUCUCCUCCACCUCCUGGUUCACCUCUACAGGAGCAUUUUGAAUUCUCAUCUAACAGUCACGUGAUAAACCGACUUGGGAAGGGAAACCGAAGUAGUCGCUCAGAUCAAGAGAAGGUAAAACCAAAUAAGGUUACCUCGCGACAAAAUUCGUUGAAAGAGACAUCACUAGCAACUGAGAUGGAGGUAUCAUUUAAUGAGUACUCUAACACUGGGGUUUCCCAAGAUUCUUGGGACGCAAACAAAGAAGAAGAUCAGCCAAGAACCAACAAAGGGAGUGAAUCAUUUAUUACCAACUUUAUUAAGAAAAGCUUUAGGGAUUUUUCCAAAUCAAAUCAAACAAAUGAGCAUGGGAGAAGCAAUGUUUCAGUUAAUGGGCAAUUAAUACCGGAUCGUGUGCUUAAGAAGGCUGAAAAGAUGGCAGGAACAGUCCAUCCUGGACAAUAUUGGUAUGAUUUCCGAGCUGGAUUCUGGGGUGUCAUGGGUGGGCCUGGUCUUGGCAUGAUUCCUCCAUUUAUUGAAGAAUUCAAUUAUCCCAUGCCUCAGAAUUGUGCUGGUGGAGAUACUGGUAUCUUUGUGAAUGGAAGAGAGCUUCACCAAAAAGAUUUAGAUUUGCUGUCCAGUAGAGGACUUCCCACAACCAGAGAUAGAUCUUACAUCAUAGAGAUCUCGGGGAGAGUCCUAGAUGGGGACACUGGUGAAGAGCUUGAUUGUCUUGGCAAGCUUGCCCCAACGGUUGAGAAGGUACAAAGGGGAUUUGGCAUGAAGCUUCCAAGAGCUGCUGCAUAAUCAACUUGUAUAAAUCACUAGGUGCAUCUGACAUGUGGAGAACCUCAAGUCUUCCAUCCUGAAUUGGAAAGUAAAAUUAUAAGGGUUAACAAGGGGAAAGAAAACCGCUCCGAGAAAAUUCUUUGAACUGUUCUGUACAACAUUGCAGAACACUGGAAAUGAAUGAUAAACUGUUGGAUGGUAUGUAGUCUAGUUUUAUCUGAAAUCUAGUAUAGCUGUUUCUGGUUUGAUAUUUUAUUGUGUAUGUAGAUCAUGCAAGCUUCUUUGAGCUGACUUCAAAUAUUAUGUAUAUGGUUUUUUCUUGUUAUCUUGCUA